UUCAACUGAUGAGGAUCGUCGUGUUUCUUCUCUCAUGAUCCUCUCUCUCUGAAAAAGUGUGCUUUAUGAUCCCGGCGUGAAAAGCUCCGCAAUUUAAAAGUCUGUGAAAUCAUAAUGAAGCCGAAAAAGAACGAAAGCCUAAUAAUGAGUGAAAGAAACGGGGUCAGGAACGAAAUCAGUCCUGAGGCACAUCUUAAACAACCGAAGCAAUUGAAGAAGGGAAAAACCUUCUGCCAGUCUUGCAAGAAGAAAUGCAGUGGGGAAGUUUUACGAGUGCAAGACAAAUACUUUCACAUUGCCUGUUUUAAAUGUGCACAAUGCAAUUCCAGUCUCGCCCAGGGUGGAUUUUUUGCACGAGAGGGUUCCUAUUAUUGCACGAAGGAUUACCGCGAGAAAUGGGGUACAAAGUGUGCUGGCUGUGGUGAAUAUGUAGAAGGUGAUGUAGUCACUGCUGGAGAAAAGCACGCAUUUCAUCCAAACUGUUUUCACUGUCAGAGGUGCAGACAACCGCUUUUAGGUCAAGGGACUAAAGUCACUUUAGUUCAAGGACAAGCCUUGUGUCACCGAUGUGUCAGUAUUCCCAUUCGAGAAGCAGCUACUCCAGUAGGUAAUUCGCAAGCAACAGGCAAUGGAUCUAAUGAUCCUGGAGCAUGCGCUGGUUGCAGGCAACAAUUGCGAGAAGGUCAGGCUUUGGUCGCGCUUGACCGACAAUGGCACGUCUGGUGCUUCAAGUGUCAUAGUUGCGAUACUGUUCUUCACGGAGAAUACAUGGGAAAAGAUGGGGUGCCUUACUGUGAGAAAGACUAUCAAAAGCAAUUUGGUGUCAAGUGUGCCUACUGCAACCGAUACAUUAGUGGAAAGGUCCUUCAGGCCGGUGAAAAUCAUCAUUUCCAUCCAACAUGCGCGAGGUGUACGAAAUGUGGAGAUCCUUUUGGAGACGGGGAAGAAAUGUACCUCCAAGGUGCUGCAAUUUGGCAUCCACGCUGUGGCCCGGGACCCACGGGUGCAAAUGGAAUUGUAAAUGGCCAUGGGGAAGCUCACACGCCACAACACAGGGAAUCUGAACGUAUCUCCAGUAGUGCAUCGGAAAUGCAGUUUUCAUUGAGGUCACGCACGCCAAGCCUGAAUGGAUCUCUGUGCAGCCCUUACAGCAGCCUCAGUCGCAAGGUACGCCAGUACUAUCCUGCGAGAACUGGCAGUCCUGGCCUGAUCCUCAGAGAGUAUGGGCGCGGUGGUCCCGAAGAUGUUUCUAGGAUUUACACGUACUCGUACUUGACUGAAACUCCUAGUCAAGGAUAUUUGCGACGCCCGAUACAACCUUACGACAAACCUCCUACGAGUCCUCACUUUCACAGACCCAGCUCUUCGCGUUCGAUAAGAAGUAGCGGUGGACGAAGUAGUCGAUCUGGAAUGAGAGCUUUAGUCGAUGCACUUAGUGAUACGAGACCAAAAUCACCCGCCAGUCAAGUAGAUAACGAAGAACCUAUAGAACUGGCGCAUUAUCCUGAUGCUAUGAAACCUCCGCCCGGUUCGCAACCGCCGAUCGAGAGGGAUGAUUUUCCUGCUCCACCGUAUCCUUACACUGAUCCCGAAAGGCGCAAACGAUGGUCGGAUACAUAUAAGGGUGUGCCUGCAUCCGACGACGAGGACGAAGUAGAUCACAAAAGUUACAUCAAGGAGGUAGAGCAAAAAUUGAAAAAGGAGCAUGACGAGUUGAGGAAAAUCGAUACAGGAAUCGCAAAAGUCUUUCUUCAAGAUAGAGAGAAAGAUAGGGAAAAUUUGAGACACAAGGCAGCUAAUGUAGAUCCUAGAAACGCCUCAAGAACACCCUCAGCUAAUCGUGAGCCCGCCUACAGAUUGCGAUACGAAAGUCCUGUUGGCGCUUCUCCAUCAAGAAAUAUAGACCACGCUCGACCUUGGGAAGACGAAGAUGGAAUUAGUUUUAAAUCGAGUGGACCGAGUUACAAUGCUGGGAGGUCAUCGGCUCGUUCCCCGGCUCCCAGAAACUAUCCACCUCUUGGUUCUCAGCGCGCCUUCACUCUUCCAAAUGCCGCUAGACAUUAUAACUCGGGCGAUUACUCGUUCAGCGGGAUGGGCGACAAGACGCACAGCACUGACUUCUCCUCGGGCAAGUCUGAUAUAUCAACAGGCAGCAUCACGGAUGUGGACCGGCGGGCACUGGUAUGUACCACAGCCCCGUACUACUCCCAGCGAAUUAGCAUGAAUGACGGUGGAAUCCUUCCGUCGUCAACCACGUACACAGGCGGCUUGGGAUCGGUAGUCGUGGGUCACACGGGACAUCACGUGAGACGAUCUUUACCGGACAUGGGUGCAGCGCCGACCGAACCACCCAAGCUUUAUCCAUAUCAUCUGCUCAUGAUUUCAAAUUAUAGACUGCCCGCUGACGUCGACCGUUGUAAUCUUGAACGACACCUAUCUGACGCUGAAUUCGAAGUAAUUCUUCAAUGCACUCGUUCGGAAUUCUACAGAAUGCCGCAAUGGCGUCGCAACGAAAUUAAAAGGCGCGCUCGUCUAUUCUAACUGCUUUCUUUGCAGUGUCGCUCGUUAUAUUACCAAAAGCGCCGUAUCACCUAUCGGUACAGGGUGUACAUUCCUUCAACGCAGCUAAUUAUUGGUCACAAAAAAUGGUUCUUCGAUUCACUUUCUCCCGAAAUCUACUCACUGCAUUGUUGUUAAGAAAAAGAAGGAAGGCCCGUUCCGAAUAAUACUGCCGUUCAUAUAUCGAGUCAAAAACGUUGUCAAUUUUAAUUCUCUUAUUUAUCUUCUUCCAUAAUCAAAAAUAUGCUGUCGUUUUAUCAGCAACACGUUUACGAUUUUUCUAAAAUAUGUAACUGUGAAAUUUCAAGAUUCCUUUUUAUGUUGCGAAAGGCAGUAAUAAGCUUUCGAGAUUUACAGUAACGUUUCCUAAAUAAGCACAAGUAUCAGAGGAAUGUUAAAAAUAAUGAGGAAGAAGCAAAAAUACAUUAGAAGGGAUGUAUAUUUAUAUUAGGAAUAAGACACAUUUAUUGCCUAAAGUCCAUUAGGAUAUUAUUAGAAAGGUAACUUUACUUACCUUCAAAUUCUGACAACGCAAAAACCUUUUACAUUGUCAAAAUUUUACCUACUUUGUAAUAUUGAUUUGUACUUUGAAGAAAGUAGAGUUAACUUCCUUCAAAAGAAAACGUGCGUCUAGAAUCUAGAUCAUCACAUAAAGAACUCCAGUUUUUAUUUGUACACGACACUGUGUCGUGUCUCGUUUUAUACUCAAGCGCUGAUAAUGUUGACAGAACCUGCAAUGGUAGCAGCGUAGUAACUGAGGGACGUGCUUGUUGCAAUAUAUUGUUGUAAAUAAGAAAAAAAUAUAAAAAAAAUGAAACGAUGUGUUAGAAAGAAGCUACUAUGGAGCAAAACUACAACCACGCAAAUUUGCUUAGUUCAGUCACGAAUAUCCUACUCUACGAGAUGUUAUUACUCCGUUACAUUGCAGCAAUUGUAUUAAGUAAGAGCUACUACGGUUUAAACCUUUUAAUAAUCUAUUGUAUUAUUAUAUUUUACUGUAAGCGAAAUAGAAAAUAUGGUAGCUAGGAGCUGCAGCUUUCUUAACGAUAAUAGGUUAUAUAAUUAUAUAUAAAUCUAUUCAAUUUAUUAUUGAGCCAUCCAUGCGCAGUGGAUAACAUUUUUAAAUCUGUUUUUAAAAAUAAUUUACAGAUCGUUUCGUCUUCCUCUUUUUUUCUACGCUGCGCAUUUUUAACUCGAAAAAGUCACUUUAUAAAGCAUGAUAUCUAAAUCUUCUGAGGAAAAUAUUAAUGGGAAAAGGAGGAAAUAAAGUAAAAAUAAAAUUUAGGUUUAAAGAUUGUAAUGUUAUACCGAGUGUGAUAGUGUGACUCGAUUGAUAACAGCCAUAAAAGAUUGUCAAUACUUUGAAAAAAGUGUUGUCACAUUGCGUGACUAUUGCUUUUCAGCUCUUAGUUUGACCAUUGAUUUUGCACGUAUCAUUUUCGUGCGAUACCUUGCAACGCAUUGCAUCGAUGCUUCCAUGCGAAAAGCAGCACUCUCGAAGUGUACGUUUAAAACGACCAUUCUAGUUUUGGUUGUCUAAAUGCUGACCUCUCUGAUUGCCAAAUCAAACAGUAGAUGUGGGUCUAGUAAUUAAUAUUCUCUGGUUAAGUAUAUUAUUUAGACAUAUUUUUCAAUCACGUUAAUUCUUUUAAAUUACAUGAAAUGAUUUUAAACUCUUUUAAAUUCUCUUGAAUUAUUUUUAAUUCCUUCAAAUUUCGUAUAAAUUCCCUGAAUUUAAGGUAUUGUCUGUUUUCAUACGAAUUCAUCGCAUGUCUUGAAUUCGAUUCAAUAAAAAAAAUUAAUUCAAAAUUAAUUCCAAUUCUAUUUCUGAAUACCUUGGUUUCUCUGAACUCUGAAUUUUUAUAUAUCUUAUUUUUAUUUUCUCUGAAUUCAUUGGAUUCUAUGAAUUCGUAAUAUCUCAGAAUUGUCUGAAUUUCUUGAUUUCUCUAAAUUAAUUGAAACCUUAUUACUUUCUUAGUUUCUCUGAAUUCAUUCAAAUCCCUAAAUUCCUUAAAUUCUCCGAAUUCCUGGGAUUACUCUUUGGAUUCUCUGAAUCCCUUGAAAUGUGUUAAUUCGUUUUUAUCUGAAUUCUUUGGUUUCUCUGAAUUUACUGAAAUCCCUUUUGUCAAUUUUAUCUGAAUUUCUCGAAUUCUACAAAAUUGAUUGAAUUUAAUUUCGAGUCAUUCAAAAGAUUUGGAAAUGAUACAAAGGACUCAAAUGAAUUCAAUGUGAAUUUAAAGUAAUUCUAAAUAAUAUACUUAAUCAGAGAUUAGUAAUGAUUAAACUGUCAUCCAUACUAAAAAGAUACAUAAGUGAUAUUUUUAUGAAAAAUGAGAUUUUUGGUAUCGUUGGAUUCACAAAAGAAAGCUGCGUCUAAUUCUGUCAAUAAAAAUGAUUAAUGAUUAAUAUUUAUUACAAAAAACGAUGGCUUAUAAAUGAGGAAAGUCAAAAAGGUAAAACAAUAAAACAUAAAAAGAUACGCACUGCACUUUGCGUGCCCUAAAAUUUGUACAAGGCAUGUAAUACGUCAAUCAGCAGCCAAAUAAAAAAGAACCUAAAGAACUUUGUGCCUGUUUUGCCUUGUAAAAGUGACCGAGUGUCGAACGAAUUUACAAACGAAAAGAAUCGCUUGCCAUUGGGUAUGAUUUAGACCUGUGAAAUAGCUUUAACUCUGAUCGGAAUUCCAAGGGAAAUAAGUCGCGGCUAGACUCGGCUAUAUACUAGAAACGAUCGUGUAGAAGGCAUCACCCGCCAGUAACUGUGUUCUUUUUUCCUUGUAUUUUUGACUUUCUGCGACUAUAAAAAAUUCGCAAGUCCAUUUUCUAAUAGGAAUUGCUUAAAAAUUAUUUUUUUAUUGCAACAUAUGAAAGAGCAUAUUAUUUUUACCCAAAUUGUGUAUCUAGACUAUUCCAAAUUUUAUUCGAUAUUAGUUAUUUGAGCAAACAGUUUUUUUUCGAUUUGCUCACUUCGAGGGAGAUUGGUCUUACGUAUCUUUUUAGUUUAUACGGCAUUUUAAUAAUAGUUACCAGCUGGAAUUUUCGCAAUUUUUGGGAGAUGGCUAGACGUAAUCUACAUAUCGAAUUAUUAUUUUUGAAAGAGACGUGGCUUCCUGAAUAAAAGACCAGAACCAAAGUAGAAGAAGAAUAAGAAAAAGAAUAAGAAAAUCGGAAUGUUCAACUUAGAAUACGAAUGGAUGGUGGUCGUUUUAGACGUACACUCCUAGAGAGGCUCUCUUAGUAUGAAGGUAUCGACAUUGCUUUGACGCCCCACCAUGUCAUGUGCCUACGCGUAAAUGUCUCCGGGCAUUUAGACAUUUUUUCUCUGCAGUUGUAAAACCUGCGAAAAAUAUGAUGUAAAUUGAAUAUUGAACGUAUUUGAAACCUACUUUCAGCUUUACUGCUUGUAGCUAAAGCGUGCAUUGUGUCUGGGGUUGAUUCUGGUAGAUACGGGUAAUGAAAAGUUUUUGGAAUCUGUAACUAUCGACUAUCACAGGUGCGAAAAACGGUGCAACGCUUUAGCUUUUCCGUUUAAAAAUUAUACCUGUGUAUGUUUCUGUUGUAUAAAGCACAUCGCUUCCGCUAGUCCCUAUCGAGAUAAAUAAAUGCAAACUACAUAGUAGUCAAUUUCAAA